AUGGUGAGGAACCAUAACGAGCGAGUAGAGAAGUCUCGAAUAUAUCGAGGACUAGUUGGUGGGAAGUCCAGCGCUUUGCUUUUCUCUCUCGAAAAUGCACUCACAUAUCUCUCAGAGUUCACCAAUGAGCCUCUGCUGCUGGUGAAAUCAGAGCGAGUAAACAUCAUGAAGCCAGUUCAAGAAUAUUUUGGGAAACAAAUUUUUACAACUCAUUCUGAAGAACUGGAGAAGGUUUCUAGAAGAAUAUUGGUAAAUCCAGAUUUCUCAACAGGAAUGGAAUCGCAACCGGUACCGGUGUUUGAUGAUUCGAUGUCCGAGGUUGUUAGCCGUCCAGAGCCUAGCACGUUCAACUACAUCACUCAAAAUGAGGUAGAUCAAAAAAUAAAGAAUGCCUGUCCUAUUCGAUUUACACCCGAUGAUUAUACUAUAUCCUGCACGUGUGAGACGUCAUGUGGUCCAGACUGUGCUUGCAUCACCGUGGCUAAGAACAUAAGUCCGUUCGAGUGUAUCACUUUACCCGAGCAAGGUUGUAUUUUUCCUCGAUCCAUACAUACUAGUUACUUAACUACGACAAUCUUCUGUGGGGAUUCUUGCGGAUGCCCACCAACUUGCCCGAAUCGACUGUCCAAUUUAAUUAAUCCCCACAAUUUUGAAGUUUUCAAGAGUGAUCAAGGAGUUGGUUAUUGUGCUCGUACUUUGAGUAACAUACAAUAUGGAGAAGUUGUCUGUGAAUUUGUAGGAGAAAUUAAAACAGAAAACUUUAACGAAGAUUAUGCCUUCAGCCUUUGUUCAGCAGACGAUGAAGAACUCAGAGACAUGUUGUGUGAUUUAUCUGAAUCAUUCAUAUCAGAAGAUGCUUGGAGCGCUCUUAACAUUGACGGCUAUUUUAUUGAUCCGUAUCAUCAAGGAAAUAUUUCCAGAUUAUUCAAGCAUUCCUGUUUACCCAAUUUAAUUCCUAUCAGGGCGAUUGCCGGGGAUUGGAGACCCCAGAUGCAUCAUAUUCUUAUGGUUGCCUUAGCCCCUAUAGCCGCUGGAACAGAACUAACCUUCAAUUAUGGUUUGGAUUAUUACACGAAAAUUGGAAAAAAUUGUAAAUGCAACUCGAUUUGUUGUAGUAAAGUGAGAAGAGUUUGGAAGAGUAUGUCUCAAGAUUUACAUGUCGGAGCGAUGCAUGGUUACAUAUCUGGUCUUUAUCAGAAGGUUGAGGACAUGGAAAUUCGGAGACAAAAAUGUUUAGGAGUUCAUGAUGAUGAUGAAUGUUCUAUAAUAGAGCACAAACCUGAAACCGUCAAAAGACAAUCAAAUUUGACAACGUCUAUGGAUGUAGCCGAAAAACGUUAUAGGCUAAACGCAAAGUUUUAG